GACACACCAAAUGCAUCUGCAGACAACUCUGGCCUUCUUGUUACAAAACACAAAUAUUCCAUCGUGGGGGCGGCGGCUUGGAAGUGUUCUUUUGGAUUUUAUUUUAAUAUUCAUGCUGUUCCAGCUGUUUUCAGACUAUAAUGCUUCAUAGAUAAUAAGCAAAGUGCAUUGCACUCUGCCUGAACACAGCACGCAUAACCUUCUGUGCAUGCUGAUGCCCAGGCGGGCUUGAAAAUGAAGGCACCGUUUCUGCCACCGAUGUCUUUAGGACUGAGGUGUCUCAAUAAUUUUGGUACAGCAAGAAUCGAAAGCAGUCUUCUUUAUUCUACAACAGCGACUCAGAAGUAUGAUCUGGUUGUGAUUGGAGGUGGCUCAGGUGGACUAGCCUGUGCCAAGGAGGCUGCAGGAUAUGGUGCAAAGGUGGCCGUCCUGGACUACGUGACGCCGUCGCCCCACGGAACCGUCUGGGGUCUCGGCGGCACCUGCGUCAAUGUCGGCUGCAUCCCCAAGAAACUGAUGCACCAAGCUGCCCUCCUCGGCAAAAGUGUAAAGGACGCGGCCGCGUUCGGCUGGUCAGUGCCGCCGGCGGAGCUGCAGCUCAACUGGCACCAGCUGGUGACGGCCGUCACCAAUCACGUGGGGUCGCUCAACUGGGGCCACCGGGUGGCGCUCAGAGACAAGCGUGUGACCUACCUGAACGCCUCUGGCACGCUGCUGGACCGUCAUACUGUGCUGGCGAAGGACCGGAAGGAUGUGGAGACGGUGUUGCAGACGGAUAACGUCGUGCUGGCUACUGGAGGUCGGCCCAGGUACCCGACGUUCGCCGGAGCCGAGCUGGCCAUCACCAGUGACGAUCUGUUCCGACUGCGCCAGCCGCCGGGCCGCACCCUGUGCGUGGGCGGCAGCUACGUCAGCCUCGAGUGCGCCGGCUUCCUCACCGGCCUCGGCUUCGACACGUCCGUGCUGCUGCGCUCCAUUCCGCUGCGCGGAUUCGACCAGCAGAUGGCAGGUCUGGUGGUGUCGGCCAUGGAGAACCUCGGCACGCGGGUGGUGCGCGGCUCGGAGCCGCUGCGCCUGGAGCGUACCGCCGCCGGUCGGCUGCGGGUCUCUCUGACACCCUCAGGGGACGGCCAGCCGCCCGACGAGGAGUACGACACCGUGCUGCUGGCCGUCGGCCGGGACCCCGACACACGCCGGCUCGGACUGGAUGCGCUCGGCGUCACCACCGACCCACGCUCCGGGAAGAUCGUCACCGAUCCCGGCAACCGGACGUCGGUGGAUAACAUAUACGCCAUCGGCGACAUCGUGCAGGGAGCGCCGGAGCUCACGCCCACGGCGAUCGUGUCUGGCCGGCUUCUGGCUGACAGGCUGUACGGCGGCUCCAGCCAGCUGCUCGACCUGGCCACUGUGCCCACCACUGUGUUCACACCGCUCGAGUACAGCUGUGUCGGUCUGAGCGAGGAGAGCGCGGCAGAAAUGGCCGGCGGGGACGAUCAGCUCGAGGUGUACCACGCGUUCUACCGGCCACUCGAGUUCAUCAUCCCGGGCCGUGACACGUCCUCUUGCUACAUCAAGGCGGUGUGCGAGCGCCGCGAGCCGCAGCGGGUGCUCGGACUGCACUUCAUCGGACCCAAUGCCGGCGAGGUGCUCCAGGGAUUCGCCGUCGCCAUGAGACACGGUAUGACCAUGGAGUCGCUGCGCCAAGCGAUCGGCAUCCACCCGACCUCUGCCGAGGAGGUGGUCAAACUGAACAUCUCCAAACGCUCCGGCCGCGACCCGACCGUCACCGGCUGCUGAGGCUAGUGGCCCGGGCGUCCGCCGGCCGGCGCCGCGCUCCUAGUGUGCGGAGGCCGGCCGGGACGUCCGUCACCGCGGUCCGCUCCGUGAGCUGACUGGUGACCGGUGACCGGGCAGCGCCGCCGGCCGUGACGCCUCCGGCAGUAUGACGCGGCGGCCCCAAACCCGACUUAGGACGGGCCGCUGCUGAGGCGCCGGGCGCACGGCCGGCGCGGCGCUGCCCACCCCCGGGGUGAGGGAGGGGGUGAGGUGAGCUCUAUGGCGACCAAAAGGGGCACCUCUCAUUCCCCGGUAAUUGUGUUUACUCUGCCAAGCGCCGAGAAGUUUUCGUGUGCUGGGAGAUGUUGAAAGUGAAUAACCCUUCGGAAUAUUGGCCCGUGCUGGCGGCCCCUUCCUGUAGCGUGUCUAUUUUGAAAGGUUAAUUGGAUUUUCGGUCGUCCAUGAGCGCUGGUGUGUUGAGUACCACGCGAGUUUGGAAAUAUUUUCAUUGUGAGCGCUGAGUUGUGAGUGGUGGGCUACUCGUGGCCGCUUGUUUCACAGCUGGGUGAUUCAGCAGUGAGCCAGAGCGUUGAGUCUUCCAGCACGCUCCUCUUUUCUCUAUUGUCCGGUUCUGCACGGCCAUGCACGAAACGGACCCAGAUAUUAAGCUUAUUUUUCAUUUACCGCACGCUGCAACUAGUCCGACGGUCGUGUAAGCUAGUCCUGCCUUUGUGUGAGCUAGUCUUCUGCUCCUGUGAGCUAGUCGUACGCUCCUGUGAGCAAGUCCUGCGUUUGUGUCGCAGUAUGAGGGCUUCCAGUGUGACUGGCGUUAGAGGAAGCGGCGGGCACUCAGUGCCUUGGCCCGGUCAGUGAUAGAGCAGGAUCUGGUUGUUAGUUCCCGCCUGUGUUGAGGGUUGUCCGUCCGUCUGUGGGGACCCGUCCCGUUCGCCGGCGUGGGCUGCGGACGGUCCGAUACGGCCCUCGCUGGCGGUGGAGGGAUGUGGGGGCGCUUCGGUGGCUCGGAGUUCAGCUGUGACCGCAGUAGGUCCUCGGUUGUGAUCCCAGGGUACCUUUGUACGGGUUUGGGAGGCAGUCGUCUUCGGUUUGCAGUGUAGGUGGUGUUGCUUUUCCGAUGUUUUGAACCUCGGUAGCUUCGCGCCAGUUUCGGAUCCCUCAGUAUUAUUCAUUUCUAACAAGUAACAAGUAACGAUUCAUAGGCCUUCUGUAACAACUAACCUGCUUCGAUGAAACCCGGUCAUGAAUUGGUACAAAGCUGUCAGCCAUGCUUGCUUCAAAUUUUUUUUUUUUUUGCUUUAAAACUUGGCAUUUUGUGGAAGGAUAUGACCUGGAACGGCUGCUGUGCUAGUCUGAAUGGCGAAGAACAUCAUAUAAUUCGUGUGAUCAGUUCAUGGUAUACGUUCGCUCGAUCGCAGUGCUGCCAUUCUGUAAGGGCCUUCUCCAUUCACGGCCAUGGGCUUCUCCGCAUAGGUUGUGUCACGUGUAAGAGCACGAGUAAACUGGGAUGCGGAUAGCCAAACCACUGUGAAAGCAUGGUCUUUCUUGCAUUCGCUUGCACCUUGCUACAUGUAUGUUUAAAAUACCAAUGUCAAACCAAUAAAGUUAUGCUGGUCUGAACGACAA